AUAGUAGGCCGGCUAGCUACACGUGCGUGGAAUCUGCACUGAUAUCGGUGGGAAUCUGUCGCAGUAAUUGUAAACAACAUAAAGCACGCAAAUUUCGCAUGAGAAAUCGAUGUGCCAGCAUUGCUUUCACUCUGUUUAAAGUGAGGUUCUUCUACUUCUAGGAAAUGGGAUUUUGAGGUCUUCCCCCCACGAAGUCCAUCAUGCCAAGUGACAAGUUCAGACAGAGAAAUCCAAAGAAUAAGCAGACCAAAUUUCAGCUGGUUUUUGAUGAAGGAAGCAGAAGUGACUUUCUGACUGGCUUCCAGCGAAGGAAGAAAGCUCGAAAGAAGAUUGCUCUGCAAGAAGUAGAGGAGAAGAGAAAAGACGAUAGGAGGAAAGAAAGACAGCAGAGGAGAGAUGCUCUCGAAGAAGAACUGAAGAACAUCAGACUCCCUGAUCUGGUAACUUCAACUCAGAAGAAGAAAGAUGAGGUGUUUGAUCACCCAGAACACACAGUAACGGUCACAACCAGCCUUGAUCUCAAGAAAGAACAUGGAGGAAUAGGAGAAAAUCAGGUUGACUACGAUGAUCCAGAUGAACUGGAAGAGGAGGAUGCGGAGGAGGAGAAUGGGGAUAGAGAGGAUGAAGAUGAUGAGGAGGAGGAGGAUGCCAUCCCAGGGAUUUUAAGACAUUCCAAGGAGGAGGAGGAUGAAGAGGAGGAAGCAAGCGAAGAUGAGCAAACCACCCAGAUAAAAACAGCCAAGAGUAAAAAGAAUGACGUAUUCACCAAGCGACGUCAGAAGCUCAAGAAACAGAUGAUGAAACGGAAGCGAGGCGCCUCCCAGCACACAGUCAAGCGCAUGAGGAGCAUGAAGAGAAAAUCACUGGGUAAAUUCAUGAAACGCGGAUCGGCGAAUAAAGCAAAACGGUGACACAAGUCCAACCUUCCUCGAACGUCUGAGAAUUUUGUAAGCACAUUUUGUUAGUCUUGAAAUUGAGCGAAGCCUUCAUACAUUGUGAGUCAACCUUACAUAACACUUUUUCAGGUAAAUUUGCCAUUUGGUCAACAUCCGCUUUGUGUACUUUCCAUUUGGUCCACUCCCACAUGGUAUAAUACUACUCUGUCUUUUAAACCAGUAUGUAUACUAAUCAUUUGGUCUAUUUGCCAGUUAGCCCAUUUACCAUAUUUGUCUAAUUUCCAGUUAGGCUAUACCCAUUUGGUCUAAUAUCCACUUAAUUGUGGGUGCGUCGUAGUCUAGUGGUUCUGACUCUCGCCUUUGAAACAGAGGGUCGUGUGUUCGAAUCGUAGCCAUGGCGUAUUUUCCUUCAGCAAAAAAUGUAUCUACACUGCUGCACUCGACCCAGGUGAGGUGAAUGGUUACCCGGCAGGAGUAAUUCCUUGCAUGCACUGAGCGCCGGUGAUGGUAGCUCAAGCUAAAGCCGGGGUAAUAAUAGCAGCGCUUUGUAUCCUCUGGCAAAAAGCGCUUUAUAAAUCCAGCUAUUAUUAUUAUCUAACGCCACUCAGUCUAUAUGAUGGGAUGAACUUUAUAUGUACCAAAUUUCCAUUUGACAAAGUGCUGAGUGAUAUUAAAGUAGACAAGGGUAAACGCAGACCUGCAUGGAAUCCUUGGUUUUGAUUGGCUGUUGAUCAGCGUUACCAUGGUAGUUACAGUUGGAUGGCAGAGUUGCCAUAAUGGUAUAUUUUAAUGCAACGGGGCCCAGAUGGGUACGAGACUGAAUGACAGUUAGCCCAACUAAAAUGGUGUUAGACAAAGUGGCCCAUAUUCUGAAGUCAGGUUUAACUUAGACCACGGUCUAACUCUGCUAAAAUUAUGGGAAGCCAAAAGUGUCAUAUUUUUAUUAAGUUGUAUGUUUCUUAUGUUUACUGUGCUCUUUCCUGAUUCAUCGAUGGUGAAGACAAUCAUCUAUUUAUACUUCACACACAAUUAUGAAUGAUUUGAGAGCCAAUAGAGGUGAAAUAUAUCUCCAUUGUUAGUGAUUUAUGUAACAAUUGGCUAUCCAUACUUAAACCACAACUUUAAACCUGAGUUUAAGUUAAACCCGACUUCAGAAUACGGACCAGUGGAUACAACCACUUUCGCAGACUAGAAUAUGCAAAGCACAUGCUGUUUACGCUACAUCUUCUCAAUCAAAUUUUGCCUAGUGAGUAGGGACAGAUUUCUGGACCCCAUCUUACAAAGAGUUGCGAUGGAUCUAUACACAUUUAUGUGAAAAUCCACCAAUGGGCAAUUCCAUAAAAUAUGUACAUUCGACCCCCUAUAUGUGGGACCUUCAUGAAAUUUUCUGUCUCUGAUUUCUUGUUCUUUUGACAGUCUGUAAUGUUCUUAAAGGUCCAUGACUUGGCCAGUUUAUGAAGUGAAGUACAUGUAAGACUUGAGAAAAAUGGGGGUCAGACGUACAAAAAGGUUGAUCAUUUUAUGGAAUAGCCCCAAUGUAAUGAUUUUUCCCGCGUGACAUUUGCACAAUGUCGUUUUGUAAACAGAGAGAAGGGCACUGAAUUGUCAUAUAAACGAUGAAUGCAUGAAUAUUUAUCUGUAUAGAAAACAUUUUGAACAAAUAUGCAUUUUCUAUGGUGGCGUAGCUGGCCUUCCAUAGUCGUGGUUGAUUUGAUCGAUCGUAACUCUUUGUAAGACGGGACCCAGAUGAUUUGAUUAUAUCGACAGAUUCACCUGUACGUCUCUCUAUCAUCCUUAUUAUGUUCACGGACCUUAGUGAUUGGUUUCAGAAUUGCAAUGUGGUCAUCCUUGCAACAUGUGUCGAUUGCCAGUGGAUCCAGGAUAUUGAAGUAGAGGGGGCACAGAUGACAUAUUGAUUAGAUUUAGCUAUAUAUCAAUAUUUAUGUUAAAUGGGCGAUUUUAAAAGGAGAGGGUUGUGCACCUCUUGUACCCCUCUCUGGCUCUGCGAUUACAACUCGCUUUAUAUUCUGACCGCGAUUUCAAUGUGGCAAUCAGUCAAAAUGUAUCGCUUUUUCACGUGCAAAGUCAAUGCAGUGCCGAUACGACGGUUUGGCUGACUGCGCAUUUGCAUUUAAAUGUGCGCAGCUGUUGUUUGCUCUGCUACAGUACACUUUUCCAAUGGGAUUUGUGCAUUUUAAUGAUUUUAUCGACAAUUUGUAUGGCAUCGCCAUGAAAAUCCCCUCAUAUCUCAUAUCAGAAUGUAAAAUAAAUUGCUACUUAGAAAUUUAGUUAUGAAUAGAAUAAGACUUGUACUUUGUUUUCUGCAAAAUUCUCAAAAUCAAUUUUUUUGACCAAAAUUAACUGAUACGAUGGUUCAGAUGAAUGCCAACUUGUUCAAACUGUUCACCCUGAUAUAAGGACAGUUAAUAUCACUUUCUAAACCGAACUGUUUAUUUAGUGCUUGGUUUAAUAGUUUGAAGCACAUCUCAUCACCUACAUUUGCAAUCCUACUUGGUUUUAUAAUUUCCCCCAAAAAAUACAUGUAAUGUAGGUUAUCAGACUUAAUCAUUUGUAUUUGUAUGCGAAUGAAAAAGUGUUAACCCGUAGCCUCCGAGAUUCUUUUAAUCCCAUAUGUUUAACACAGGGACCACCCGGUUCCCGUAAGCAAUGGGUUAAUUUGUCAAAAUCCUCAUUUAGUUAUGCUGCCCUCUAUGGCUGAAAAUGAAAUGCUGUGGCAAGAAUGGUGUGCCCAUUUUAUCAAACUAAUUUGAUAUCAACUCAUGUAUAAUGUACAGGGACAUGCUGCUUUUACGACCCCCCCCCCCCCCAUUUCUAGACAUCAAUUUCAGUUCUCUAGAUACUCAGAAAACCCGCUCAGCACCCCCCCCCCCCACCCCGUACAAAUUAUCUGUUCACAUGCGCAAUUUAAAGGAGAGCGCAGAGGCACCUACAGUGCCUGCGAUAGCUUGGCACUUCCCGUUACGUCCUCGUACUAAUGAUCCAACACAAGCGGCGCAGAAUUGACUACACCCAUAGAAUACAGAUAAAUCAGGAGGACCCACUAUAGGAAUUAAGGGGGGGGGGGUUACAAUCAGGGUAUAUUAUACAAUAGGCCUUCUUUGCAUUAUAAAAUGAAAUAUGUGUACAACUGUAAUCUCAAAUCUACUUCAGCAAGGUAUUGGGAAUUGGCACUGUGAGUGAAACCUGAAAGAGUGAAAGAGAUGAAAAAUUAUAUGUUUUCUUUUCAAAUUGAUCAUAUCUGGGGGCCAUUUCAUAAGGCUGUUCAUAUUAAAGUUAAGAGCAACUUUAAGAACGACUGGUGAUCCUUACGCGCUUAACCAUCGCCAAUGAUUAUAUCAUUUACCACAAGAAAGGAUCAGUCGUUCUUUAUGCAGCUUUAUGAAACACCCACCUGGCAUGUUAGGGCCAAAAUUAUUGUCAAAUUUAUUUUUUCCCCCCAAUUUUGAGCCUGUGCAUCUUUAUUAUUAGCUGUCAUUGAGCAUUGUUUUUCCAAUUGAUUAUCAUGUUUUUUACACAAAGUUAGCAGACAUGAUAGUCUCCUGAUUUUAAUCGGAUUUCAUUUUGUUUUCCUGGAAAUAAUCACUGUUUUUUUUUUUUUGUUAUAACUUGUAAUAAACAAUCAUGUUUUUUAAACAAAAUUUUAA